GGUUUGAAAGGCCCGAGCCUCGCGCGCUUGCGCACUGAGUCCCGUGCUGGGUGCGCUCGCCCCUCAACCUUCUCCCGGGGCCCCCCUACUGGAAGGAACCCUUCUUCGUUCUGUGAUCGGUAGCACGUCCACUGUUGUGGAUAUGCCGGAGAUCAGCCUCCGCCACGUCGUGUCCUGCAGCAGCCAGGACACGACCCAUUGUGCAGAAAACCUUCUCAAGGCCGACACGUACCGGAAGUGGCGUGCAGCCAAGGCAGGCGAGAAGACCAUCUCUGUGGUCCUGCAGUUGGAGAAGGAGGAGCAGAUACACAGCAUAGACAUUGGGAACGACGGCUCAGCCUUUGUAGAGGUGCUGGUGGGCAGCUCGGCUGGAGGGACCACAGCUGGUGAACAGGACUAUGAGGUCCUUCUGGUCACCUCCUCUUUCAUGUCCCCUUCUGAGAGUCGAAGUGGCUCAAACCCCAACCGCGUUCGUUUCUUUGGACCUGACAAGUUAGUCCGGGCUGCAGCAGAGAAGCGCUGGGAUCGUGUUAAAAUUGUGUGCAGCCAGCCAUACAGCAAGGACUCACCCUAUGGCCUGAGUUUUGUGAGGUUUCACAGCCCUCCAGACAAAGAGGAGGUGGAGGCUCCAUCCCAGAAGGUGACAGUGACCAAGCUCGGCCAGUUCCGUGUGAAAGAGGAGGAUGACAGUGCCAAUUCCCUAAAACCAGGGGCUCUCUUCUUCGGUCGCAUCAACAAGAUGUCUUCAGCCUCUGCUAGCGACCCAGCGGGACCCAGCUAUGCAGCAGCUACACUACAGGCCUCGAACGCAGGCUCCCCGGCCUCUCCAGUCUCCAAGGCUUUGGGUAGCUCAUCGAAGGAGUCUCCCAAAGGGAAGAGGAAACUAGACUUGAACCCAGAAGACAGAAAGCCUCCCAGCAAACCUUCAGCAGGGCCACCUGCCCUCAAGAGACCCAAACUGCCUGUUCCUAGUCGCUCCCCAGCUGGAGCCCCAGCCUCUGCCCCAGCACAGAAGGCGGUCCCAGGAAAGCCCCAGGGAGAAGGCUCUGAGCCCAGGGUAGCCCGAGCUGGCCCCCAGGAGCUGGGAAAGAUUCUCCAGGGUGUGGUGGUGGUGCUCAGUGGCUUCCAAAACCCCUUCCGCUCAGAGCUGCGGGACAAAGCCCUGGAGCUGGGGGCCAAGUAUCGGCCAGACUGGACUCCGGACAGCACACAUCUCAUCUGUGCCUUUGCCAACACUCCCAAGUACAGUCAGGUCCUGGGCCUCGGAGGCCGUAUUGUGCGGAAAGAGUGGGUGCUGGACUGCUACCGGAUGCGGCGCCGGCUGCCCUCCCGCAGGUACCUCAUGGCAGGUCUUGGCUCCAGCAGUGAGGACGAGGGGGAUUCUCACAGUGAGAGCGCUGAAGAUGAAACUCCCAAGCUUCCCCAUAAGCGGCCCCAGGCCAAAGCCAAGACCCAGGCAGCAGGACCCAGCUCACCAAAAAGACCACCAACUCCAAAAGAGACCAAAGCACCCUCACCAGGACCCCAGGACAAUAGUGACACUGAGGGGGAACAGUCAGACUUCCAGAAAACAAGCUUGUUGACUGAGUUGCUACUGGCAGAAGGACAGGACAAUGGGGCGGAAGAUUCCGGGGACACGGAGGAUGAGCUGAGGAGGGUGGCCAAGCAGAGGGAGCAGAAGCAGCCCCCAGCUCCAGGGGAGAAUGGCGAGGACCCGUAUGCUGGCUCCACAGACGAGAAUACAGACAACGAGGCUGACCUGCCAAUUCCAGAGCUGCCAGACUUCUUCCAGGGCAAGCACUUCUUCCUGUAUGGGGAGUUCCCUGGGGACGAGAGGAGGAAGCUCAUCCGAUAUGUGACCGCUUUCAAUGGCGAGCUUGAGGACUACAUGAGCGACCGUGUCCAGUUCGUUAUCACAGCCCAGGAGUGGGACCCCACCUUUGAGGAGGCCCUGAUGGACAACCCUUCCCUGGCGUUUGUCCGGCCCCGGUGGAUCUACAGUUGUAAUGAAAAGCAGAAGUUACUCCCCCAUCAACUCUAUGGAGUGGUGCCCCAGGCCUGAGUGUACACACCUAUAUGCGUGUGUACACGUGUGCACACAUGAGUUUAAUAAAGACUUUGUUUGGCACAGUUGUUCUCUCA